AUGUCAGAAACAAAUUCUCCAUCAACCUCUGAACCAUCGCGCGCUCGCGGCAGAGGUCGUGGAAAGUCCCGUGGUGGGCUAGGAAAGUACCUCCGCGCACGAGGCCGUGGUCGAGGUGGCCGUCCAGCAGAAUUCCACCAGCGCCUAGUGCUAGAGGGCGAAGAAGUGGUCGAUCUCGAACCUGAUUCGGAAGAGGCGAAAGAGUUGCAAAAGAAGUACUCACGGCGGCAAGUUGGAUCCAAUGCCGAUCGUUAUGUAGAGCUCGAGCCUGAGUUGAAUUCUGACGGAGAAGAGAUUCGUGAGCCGGAAGUAGACCUGUCCUCAUUUCUUGCGAGACAGCGGUUGUCGGACGUGUCAGAGACAAGUGUGGUUGCGGUGCCUCAAGUCGAUGAUGAUGACAUCGACCAUGAACUCGCGCAUAUCUCGUCUCAUCAUAUCCCACCUCCGCCGCCUCAGAAAGGACGUGUACAGGUUAUUGAAUGGGAUGCAGAACUUGAAGAAAUGAGCCGCGAAAAGGCCGCUGCAGAUGCAAGUCGAGAUCUGAAAGCACGAUUCCGUGCAAAAUCAGAGAAGCUUAAAGCGAAACCUCUAUUUGCACGUGAUAGAAUACAAGAUGAUAGCUACUCUGAAGCGCCAGCACUUCCCACUGAUGCACCAAAGGCGCCCAAAGUGGAGAUGGAAGAUUUCCUUGAUGAGCUGCUUGGCUGACAGACCUUAUUUAUUUUCAUACGUAUUAGAAUCUUC